UCUCUUCUCCCUGUAUUCUCCUCAUACGAACCCACCUCAGAGGCCCUUCCCAAGGCGCUCAGCCCAUCGACGAACACUGAAACGCCCACAAAGUCGCUCAAGAGAUCCACUGAUUCUCCUUCAUCUUUGUCUGGCUGGUGUUCGCCACUAUGCCUGUCCCUCUGUGGACCACCCCGAACAAGGCUGAGGCAAAGUACAACGUCGUAACCGAGUUCCCACAGCUUGGUCUUCAUGCCGCCGCUGCCUCCGGCAAUGUCGGGCUCGUGGAAUACGCUCUUGAACAUGGCCAACCUAUCAAUUCAGUUCUCGACGGCGUUCUCCCGAUUCACGCUGCGUCGGCUGGCGGCCACCCUCAAGUUGUGAAGAAACUGAUUGAGCACGGCGCUGACGUUAACGCUCCACGGUUACCAAGACGCUACUUCAACGACAAGAACCGAGACGCAUCUGCACCGAUCGUUGGAACCUCUUACUCAACUCCUCUCCACUUCGCAGCGGCGAAUGGUAACACUGAUGUUGUUACUCUUCUCCUACUCCACGGCGCCCAUCCAGAUCGAGAAGAUAAGCACGGUGUCACCCCCGAAGACCUAGCUCGAGCGAACAAUUGGAUCGAAUGUGCACAGAUCCUCCGGGACUGGGUAGUCAACAAGGACCGUGACCUACGAGAACGGGAAGUCUUGUCUACCAAAGACGGCAAUGGUGCGGCUUCGUCGUCCAGCCAAGCGCUUCAGUUAUCCACAUCCCCCGAACCCGAGUCUCCUUCCUUCCGGCGUCGACUCCAUGUAAAACAGUCCAUCGACACUGCCUUGAACAAGUUGAAGACGGGGAGUUUCUCGGAAACCUCGCUGAAACCUGGGCCAGCCGUUUCCAUGGGUUCCCCUCCCCAUUCGCCUAUGAAUUCUUUUGGGAACUAUUCUUUUGAUCCUGAUGCGAGAGAAAACCAUAGCACGCACGAACCGGCCUCCCGCCGACCCUCCCUUCCCCAGAUUCCCCAACCCUCGCCCGUUUUGGACGAAACUGGUCGAAGGAACACGACAUCAUCUGGCAAGAUGCGACGUCCUCGAUCUGCCGGAACAGGCGCGGAACCAUCAGGAGAACAGGAUGCUUGCUACACUCCAUAUGGAAGAGGAGGCGCUGGGCGUAGACUCGCUAGCAAGAUAUCAUUGUUGGGCAUGUUCAAGAAAGCCCAAUCCAGUGAUACAUCUGAAGGGAUUUCCUCGGCUAACACGACGCCUGUGAAGGGCUCAGCUUCAACCACAACCCUCCCUCUCACCCCGAACGCCCCCUCGCAUGGUCGAGCGAAUAAGGACGACACACAGGGAGGGCUUUCGCCAGACCCAAUUGAGCAACCUCAGGCUGAAGAUACGGCGCCAGCUUUAAACGAUAAGCAAGAGCCUACCCAAUCUAACCAUCGCCCUCCUGAUGUCGAUGUGGAAGGAAAGGGUAAAGAUGCCCACCAAUCUUCCGAGCCACAACCACGACCCAGAUCCUUUGGGAGUGCAUCGCGUUCCUCACUCUCCCCGGUCUUCACCAACGACAACACCGCCCAGUCGCUUGCCGCAUUGCAGAGCGAUUUCCCCUUCAGCAUCCAUCAACCACCGCCCACCGAGAACAAGUCACCCAUGAACCGUCAGCUCCAACUACCUGAGGUAGGGCGUGGCAGGGGCGACUCUUUAAGCAGUACAUGGACAUCAGACAGUAGCGGAAUGCCUCAAUACAGCACCGGUGGAUCGACUAUCAACAGUUCCCCAAGUCCAGUCCUCCAUACCCCUGGCAAUCAUACCAUCGCCCUACCCACCUCCAAGAAAAUCUCAGACGAUGAAGAAACCUACAAUCACAUUAUUCGAUCGGAUUCCGGAGGUUCAGAAUCGGUUCGCCAAUCCAGCCCACGAAGCAACGGCCAGAUCACUCUGAAUGAACGACGGGCCCAUUCACCCUUGGAUAUCGACAUUGGGGCAAUAUCAUCCCAUGAACAGGCGAAGGCUUUGGUUGAGAAAACUAGACAGGAUAUCUUGGAACUGGCCAGUGGUCAAGACGUCGGCCUGACUGUGUCUAACACUGGAUCUACACCACUAAGCGCCAAACUUGCGGCUUACGGCGAAAGUCUUGCUCUGCAACGAAGGCUGGAGGAGCAAGAAAAAAUGGGACAAGAAUCGACGCCUCCCUCGGCUGACGAUAUAAUCAGUGCACCCGCCCGCUUCGUUGGACAUGGAGUCGAGCGCCAACUCAGCCUCGAUAAAGCUGGCCGCAAUCAUAAACCCAGGACCAGAGGGAAGGAUCCUCGUCGCCCGUCGACUGCCGAUGGCCUUUCUAGCAGAGGGCCACACAACUCUUUUUUCCCUGGGGAGCACAUUCGCACGCAUCAAUCUUCUAUGUCGGUCUCCCCACCAGGCAUUGCUCAAGCUUCCAGCACGUCCUUUGAUGGGCGCGAAUUCCUUUCUUCUCAUCAACGUUUCCCUGCCUCCAUAACGCCAUCGAAGUCGCUGAUGACAGUUCCCGAGCCUUUGCUAUCCCCUAUCACUCCCCACCCCAUUGCUGAAUCAGAUUACGGCUCUGAAGCUCCUUCAGAUUUUGCUGACACGGAAACAGAAUCUUCGCCUUUUCCUUCAAGGCAUACCGCUUUGGUUUCGGCAACAGGCCUGCCCCGCAACAAGCUUCCAGUCAUGGCGAGGAGUCAUAACAGUGCGAAGAAGCUGAACCGAAUGGGAUUCACCGUGGUUGAUCAGGUCGCUCGUCCUGUUGCUCAGCCCCACUCCGGAAAGCUACUCGGAGGUUUCAAAUCCAUCAUGCAAUCCCUCAAAGGAAAAUAA